GUUUGUGACAUCAACCUCAUUGCUUUCAACAACUUGUACCCGCUCUGUCUUUACCUUUCAAGUGGCUCUUGACGCGUAGACCAAAGCGCUCUUGUGCCCUGAGCUAUGAAGAACAGAUAUAUUAGGGUUCUACACUCUGUAUCUCCUGCACAAACCUACGUUCUUUCUCGUUCACCAUCUCCCGUACAGAUUUAUCCUAUAAACGAAAAUUCUAUCGGAAACUCGACCCAGUUUGCCAGCACUUCUCUUAAGAGCUGUAUCGAUAUCAUAUAUAACUCCAGUCCUGAACUCUUCAAUAACAGCAAGAAAGACUUCUCGGUGUACUCCCUAGAUCCCUUGGAAUCGCUGGCUUCAGUGGCUAGCACUAGUACUUCAUUGCAGACAGUUUCAGUAGCAUGUGGUCGUAUAUCUGCUAUACGGGCAUCAAAUGGGCAUUCCAAAGUGGUUUUUGUGCUUUGCGAGGUGCGUUGACAAGAAUGUUCUCCGACAAUCACCUUCUGAUCCCUAUUUUGCUCAGACUCCUGCUAUCU